CGCAGCGACGCGACGGGCGGUUUGUACCGCCCCGCGCCAUUGGCCGGGCCCGCGGGGCGCCGCUGUAAGCGCGGCGGCGAUUGGCGGAGCCCCGAGAGCGACGCUUGGCGGAGGCGGCAUGGCCGGCAGUGACAGCUGGCGGCCCCCGCGGCCGUGCGAGGACUAUUGGUGGGAGUGGAAGCGCUGCCGCGGGCUGCGCUACGCCUUCCAUCACUACUACGCGCACGGAGCGCUGCCGGAGUGCGGGCAAUGGAGGGACGACUACGGGGCGUGUAGGGCGUGGGAGAGGGAGCGGACAGUCACCGCCAGGGACGCGCUGAUCCAGAGCGAACGGGCGCGGCUCCAGGAGCGGCAGAAGCACGGCGCUGUGUGGGCCAUGAGGAGCCGCCCGCCGCCAGACUGGUACCGCCCGCUGGACAACGGAGACAAGUAGCGGGGCGGUAACAACGAACGGCACGGCGACACGGAGCGGGGCGGUAACGAGGAGCAGCACCGCGAUGAGGAGCGACACGGAGCGGGGCGCCCCGCCGGGACCCGCCGCCACGUGUCCGCGGCCCCGCCCCGCCCCGCUCUCCCUUCGGUUCCGCUGUGUGCUCAAUAAAGGCGCUGCGGUACCGAGUCGUGCUGCCGUUGGUUCGGGUCUCACGGCGGCACCUCAGCCGGUCGGGGACGCAGCACCGCGCUGGGUCGAACCGUUGCCCGGUUGGGCCGCGCCGUGUGCGGAGCUGCUCCGUGCGCUGCGCUCUGCCAUGACGCCGUGCCGUGCUGAGCAGCGCUGCGCAACGUGCCCAUGGCCGGACUUAACGUUACCGCCACAAUAAAGCUCUAAAUGGCUGAAGUGAGAUCGGAUUUAGGGCAAACGCCAUCAGAGGCUUAAGGCGCUCGUUACCAGGCAGUAAAGCAGCCAUGUUUUCCUUU